AUGUCGAUCCUUUCUCACCGUGCUGUUUCCGCUUCGAAGGGCCUGGGUCGCUUGUCCUCGUCGUUGCGUGCUUCGCCUGCUGCCGCUCGUCUGUUUUCCCAGACUCCCUCGGCCAAGAAUGUUAGCUUUGAGCUGAGUGAGGACCAGCAGGCGUACCAGGAUCUUGCUCGCAAGUUCACUCGCGACAACAUUAUCCCUGUUGCUCGUCACUACGAUGAGACCAUGGAGUACCCGUGGGAGGUUAUCAAGAAGGCUCACGAGGUGGGUCUUCUUAACACACACAUUCCGGAGAAGUUCGGUGGUCCCGGUCUUGGCCUGAUGGAGUGCUCUUUGAUCACCGAGGAGCUCGCCUAUGGUUGCACUGGUAUCCAGACUGCCAUUGAGGCCAAUGGUCUGGCGGAGGCUCCUUUGAUUGUCGCUGGUAAUGAUGAGCAGAAGGCCAAGUACCUUGGCCGUAUGACGGAGGAGCCUCUCGUGGCUUCGUACGGUGUCACUGAGCCGGGUGCCGGUUCGGAUGUCGCCAACAUCCAGACCCGUGCUGAGAAGCGUGGCAACAAGUGGAUUCUUAACGGUACUAAGAUGUGGAUCACGAACGGUGGCCACGCUAACUGGUACUUUGUGCUGGCCCGCACGAACCCGAACGAGCGUCCGCACAAGGCUCUUUCGGGCUUCAUUGUCGAUGGUGAUGCGCCGGGUGUCAUCCGUGGCAAGAAGGAAAUCAACAUGGGUCAACGCUGCUCUGACACCCGUAUGAUCACGUUCGAGGAUGUUGAGGUGCCGGAGGAGAACCUGCUGGGCAAGCCUGGCGAUGGUUUCAAGAUUGCCAUGGGUGCCUUUGAUAUCACUCGUCCUCUUGUUGCCUCGGGUGCCGUGGGUCUUGCUCAGCGUGCUCUGUAUGAGGCUACUAUCUACGCCAAGGAGUGCAAGACCAUGGGUCAGCCGAUCAUUAAUCACCAGGCCGUGGCAUUCAUGCUGGCCGACAUGCAGAUGGCUGUGGAGGCUUCGCGCAAUCUUGUCUGGAAGGCGUGCUGGGCCAAGGACCAGGGCAUGCGCAACAGCUUCCUGGCCAGUAUGGCCAAGUGCACUGCUUCGCGUGCGGCGGUGUCGAACGCCGACCAGGCUGUCCAGAUCUACGGUGGUCUCGGCUUCAACACGGAGAGUGCCGUGGAGAAGCUCUACCGUGACGCCAAGAUCUUUGAGCUGUACGAGGGUACCUCGCAGAUCCAGCGCCUGGUUAUCUCGCGUCAGCUUGCCGACCUCUACAACGCUUAA